AUGCGCUGGGACUUGGUACAAGCUCUUGCUCUCGUACAGUUGGCUUCUGCAGGCCCUGUUAAGACGAGAGAUACUGUCACAGCUCAGGUGAACUUCAAUAAUAACACCGGCACCCCGCAACAUCUGGCAUCCGGACUGUUGUAUGGUGUUCCUGAUACUCUUAACCAAAUUCCGGCACACUUCUAUCAGAACAUCGGAUAUAACUAUGAGCGUGCCGGAGGUGCACAGGUCGCAGCCCCCGGCCGAGGCUGGAUCUGGGGUUUGACCGAGUACAAGAACCGAUUCAAAUCAGCACUUUCAAAUUACCAGACUGCACGCGAGUAUGAUGCAACAUUCAUUUUCCUUAUUCACGAUCUUUGGGGCGCCGAUGGAACACAGAACUCCUCUGCUCCUUAUCCCGGAGAUAAUGGAGACUGGACUAGUUGGGAUGAAUAUCUUACCCAGCUAUUCUCCGAUAUAAAGGCUAAUAGCAUGACUACUGGACUUGUCAUUGAUAUUUGGAAUGAACCUGACCUCACGGCUUUCUGGAAUCGUGAUCAAUCCCAGUACCUAGAGAUGUGGGGCAGAACGUACUACAAGUUCAGAGCUGAGUUCGGCACUGCUGUCGAGCUCUCUGGACCGGCUAGUGCUGGUGAACCCGUUGCCUCCAACACCUGGUGGCAGGCAUGGGCUUCAUUUGUUGCCAGCAAUCAGUCCAUUCCAGACCAGUAUGCUUGGCACAUGGAGGGAGGAGGUGGAGACCUUCUCUCAGCUCAAGCAGGCCUCAAUUACUGGCGCUCGACAUACAACCUUCCAUCAAAGUUGAUUAACAUCAAUGAAUACGGCGUAUACGACGAACAAGUUCCUGCCGGUUCUGCUUGGUGGAUCGGCCAGCUGGAACGCAUCAAUGCACGAGGCCUGCGCGGAAACUGGCUCAGCGGAACCAAUCUCCACGAUUACAUGGCUUCUCUCCUGGGUAAAUCUGGAUCUACUUACUAUCCCAACGGAGACUACCAAGUGUACAAGUACUACUAUCAAAACAUGACUGGUUAUCGAGUUGGAACCCUUCCUUCUUCGGACCUGAAGUUGGAGGCCUAUGCGACCGUUGGCUCAGACUACGCUCGUGUCCUGGUUGGUGUUAGAGUUGCUACUGGUACCUGGGAGUUGGAAUUGAACUCGCUGUCUUCUCUUGGAUUGCCGACAAGUGGAACGCUGAAUGUGCAUACCUGGGGAUUCCCUGUGGCAUCUGAUGUGCACUAUGGAGAGGUUGAUGCGCCAACUGAUUUGGGCUGGUACGGUCAUGCCUAUUCGGGAGAUACCGUUACCUUCCCUGUUUAUCAGACGGACGAAGUCACUGCGUAUGUCUUCGAGUUCGCUAUCUAG